AUGUUCAACAACACCAAGAUAACUUUGUUCAGGCGGCCUUUCUUCAACAGUAAUGUGGCGGCGUUGAACCAGCUGAGCUUCAGUCAACAACGACUCAGCUUCUGGAGAGGCUUAAGCAAAUCAGCUCAACAAGCCAGAAAUACCACCUGGAGAAACUAUAACAACUACUACAACCGAUCCAAUUGGGAUCGACUCAAGAGACCAUUCCUCUUCACAUUCGGGUUCUGCGCCGCAACCACGGUCGCCACCCCCUUGUUAUUCAAUUACACCCCCUUGUCAAUAUACAAGAAAAACCCGCAGGCGCUAAUAUGGACCAUUAUAGGUCUCAACGGCGCCGUGUUCUUGCUGUGGAGGGUGCCACAACUACAAAAGUUCACCAUGAAGUACGGGAUAUUGUUCAAAGAUAACGUGCAGUCGCCUUGGACGUUGCUCGGAUCGGCGUUUUCGCACCAGAGCUUUGCCCAUUUCCUCGUCAAUAUGCUUUGUUUCCAGUCGUUUGCAUCGACGCUCGUGGCGGUGUUGGGGGUAUCCAAUUUCUCCAUUCUUUAUUUGAACUCAGCCGUCAUUUCCUCCUUUGCUUGUAUUGCCAUUCCUACAAUUUUGGGAAGCUCGUUAUCUGUUGCGUCGUUGGGGGCCUCGGGUGCGAUAUUUGGUGUGUUUGGUGCCUUUUCGGUGCUUUUCCCCACUGCUCCCGUGGGCAUUUUUUUCGUGCCGAUUCCAGGUGGCUCAUUGGUGUUAUUCUUGGGGACUGUGCUCUGGAAUGCUGCUGGCACAGUGAUGAAAUGGGGCACGUUUGACUAUGCUGCCCAUUUGGGGGGAAGUCUUGUGGGGAUCGCUUACGGAUUGUGGUUUGCUAGAAAGAGAAAAGAAGAGGUUCGGAAACGUCGUUUUUUCAUAGAUUUUUAA